GUCGUCCCUCGUCCCUUGGGCCCCCGUGGUCGCGGCUCGGCGCCUCGUCAUGGAGUCGUGGCUGGACCUGGAGUCCGAUGGAGAACUGGAGGAACACGUGGAACCCAAAUUCGGUGCGGAAAAUUCCCAGGACCCACAUGACCCACAUGCCGCGAGUUCUUUUGAGGACCAGGAAGCUCUCAGCGCCGUUGACAAGGAGAUGAGUGAAGAACACGUGGCAAGUGAGCCAUGUCAGGCAGACGGCGCUGCUCGCAGCGAAGCAAGUGGCGAAGCACGUGGCGAAGCACGCGAAGGAAAUGCUGAGGAGGAGAUGAGUGAAGACAACGUGGCACCCGAGCCUUUUCAGGAAGCGCCGGUGAAUGAUGCCGAGAAUGACAAGGAGAUGAGUGAAGACAUCCUGGCAAGUGAGCCCCUCCAGGAAGAUCACCUGGCUUUCAGCGAGGAAAAAAUGGAUGAGGACUCACAGCUUGCCAAUGCUCGUUGCAAUGACUCACAGCUUGCCGCUGAGGAGUUGACUGCUGUGGAAGAUGUGGGAAGUUGCGAAGUCCAGGUCGUCGAAGAAGUGGACUAUGAGGAUUCAAAUCUUUCGGAUGGAGAGCUCCUUGAGGACGCAAAGUCGCUGGCAACUGACGCUGAAUCUGAGGAUGAGGCUGCUUCAGCGACCUCCGCGGCCGAGGCCGAGGACGCCGAGGCCGAGGACUCCGAGGCCUCCGAGGACUCGACGUCCUCGAGCGCGAAAGAACGUCGCCACAAGAGACGACGCAGAUCCAGCCACCACGGGCACCGUCGCCGGCGACGUCGACACCACUCCAGUCGUGACCGUGACCGACAUGACACAUCCAGGGGUCGGCGCAAGCGCUUGAAGACCGAGAAGGACAACUCCGGUGAAGCCAACAAGCAGCCGGUGGUCCCACGUGCGCAACGCGAGGUCUACGU